UCAAGAGUUUGGACAAAAAGAAGGCAUAUUUUGCUUUUAGACCCUAUUGCCUUUGUCUUUAGAGUACCUCAAGAACCUUCAACUGUCUCUAUCUUUCUUGUCUGUAUACAUUUAGGAGCAGAGACCAAACAGAUUAUAGCUGUGUCUGUAGAUAGAGACACUGAGGGAUUAAACAAGUUGGGGAUAUCCAAACAAUACUUAAGCCAAAGAAUGCAGCUGAAAGAAUCAAUUGAAAGAACCAAGAUGUUCUUGCACACCGCUCUCAAAAAUCUCAAGUCGUUGAUCUUUGUAGGGUAUCAAAAGAUAUCAAAACCAACUUCCUUAAACCCUUUCUCAUGUGCCAAGAAUCAGCAAAAAGAUCAAUACUACACGGAAUUUUGCAAUGAAUGGGAGUGUGAUCUUGAAAAGGCGACGAAGACGAAGAAGGGUAGCAUUUUAGUAGCAAAAGAGGAAGCAAGAAAAGGAGAUGGCUGCAAUGGAAAUUCAAUGAACCUUCCAAUAAGUUGUUCAUGGAAGAACAAAGAAGAGGGAAAAGCGAUAAAGGAAGAGAAAAUCAAGAAAAGUUUGCAUUCAAGAAAAGGAGAAGAACAGUUUCCAAAGAAAAAGAAGGAUGAAGGAGGUUAUGCACUAGCCAAGAAGAUGAAAGAAUUGGAAAUGAUGGAUGUAGGUGAUGUAGAACAUGUGUUAGAUGUAGAAGAGGCACUUCACUAUUACAAUAGGCUUAAAAGUCCUGUAUAUCUUGGCAUUGUAGACAAGUUCUUUACUGAUAUGUACAAAGAAUUCAAUUCUCCACAGGCAUCUGCUAGCAUCAAUGGAUCAAAGAGAAGACUUGGAUCAAUUAGGCUAUAGAUGGAUGCUCAUGUCUGUGAGUUCUUUUUCUUUAUUUGGUAAAUUAGGCUCCAACUGGGUAUUCCAACUUGCAACUUUACAGUGUUGGAGAUGACUCCAGUAUUACUGAGCUGAAAAUCAUUUAUCUGUGAGUUCUUUGUGCAUAUUGAUUUGUUCUUCUUGUCCUAAAUUCUUCCUCACUAUCUUAUAUUGAAUAUCUUCUUUUUUGCACUAUUGGUUUUGAUAUUCAGCUUCCUUGUCUUCUUGUUUUGCCUAGAUGUUACUAUUCCUGUUCCUUUUGUAGAGUUGUGUUCAAUACCAAGUUUUAGAAAUCAGGAAGUGUAAAAUUUGCAGGGAUUCAGCUGUAGUCUGGUGGAAGGUCUUAUGCCAUUGUAUGAGUUGACCAGUGAUCAAUUCCACUCUCAUCUCCCCUUCCCUGUACAUAAGGAAUUUUAUAUUUACCCUUGCAUUAAAGAAUGUGUAUUAAUGUCUAUUAAUUACCAGAAUUUCUUACGAAAAAUUCUUAAAUGGAUGUGCAAUAAAUGGAGUCACAAGAUUUAUGAGAUCUAUAAUUCCAACAUAGUUGUAA